AUGAUGAGACGUAGUAUGCCAGAAAAGCGGACUCAACACGUGUAUAUUCGAUCGCAAUCGGGCGUUUCGGGACCGACAUCUGGACGGCUGGUUGAGUCCUUUAGAGUAUCGAAUCGUUCUGUGGGUGUCCUACCCCAUUUGAGAAGCACGCGGAACGUGUGGUCCAAGAACGAACGGAUAAAAAAUUCGACAGAUAUUUGGAUGGACUUCACUGAACGUGCAGACCUUAGCAUCUUUUCCAAUCGUUUUGUUCCCUCGCCAUUGUCAUCCAAGAUGUCAUCAAGUUUCAUGAGUGACCUUGACGAGGGCCUUGAGCCGUAUUCAGCUGAGCUCGCAGCUGCUAAUAAGAAAUGCAUAGACGAGCACAGACUCGUUGAUGGGCAGCCAUACAGCCACGAGUUCGCCGCCGACCGUCUCGCCACCGUUAACAUGGAUCAAAACAAGAAUUAUCGGACUCAAAAGGUUGUCGACAUACGAGGCCCUCCACCGCCGUUCGCUCCCUAUUUGGCUUCGGAUACGAACAUCCUCAAAGCAGCUGAGAUAAUGACAACUUAUGUGUACGGAGAGAGUAGUAACGAUAACGAAAAGGAGAUUCAAUGUGAUUUGUUAACCGAAGAUGGUGGACAUGAAAUCGAUCCCACAAGGCUAAGUUACAAGGAACGCAUACGAUGGCAUUUGAAAGAGUUCUGCUACAAAACCUCCAGUCACGGAAUUCCAAUGCUUGGGCAGGCGCCAAAUCUUAUAUACAGAAUUGUCUGGAUUAUACUCCUUUCCGGAUGCGCUUUUAUGUUCAUAUAUCAAGCCAUAGCUGUUGUCGACAAAUACUCUAGAAUGGAUAAGAUCACCGAUAUACAGCUCAAGUUUGACACCGCUCCGUUCCCAGCGAUCACACUUUGCAAUCUCAACCCGUAUCGAGAUAGCAAAAUACGCGACGAAGCGAGCAUAAACAAAAUUCUCAGCGUUUUCAAGAAGAUGAUGAAUAAAGCUGCUGGAGCUAGCGAAUUAGGGGAACUGGAGAAUGUGGUCGACGACUUGAAAGUCACACUGAAAUACGAUCGAAGAAAAAGGAACGUAGAAAGUAAAGGAAUGUUUGAACCGGCAAAUUCAGUAUGCUAUUGUGAGGAAGAGGAAUGUGAAGCAGAUGCUCCUAAGCAUCCCACGCCAACCGAUCAACUGUGCAUUUGUGCAUUCGAUCGUCUCACUCACGAUGCUUGGCCAUGUCAUCCUAGGGAACAAUGGUUAAACACAACAUGUCAACAUUGCGAUGACCACAGAUUUUGCCAGAAACGAUCAAAGACCGGCGUGCGAAAGAAUGAGCCAUGUCUAUGUGAGAAAGGAGAAUCAUUCUGCAUGUUAUAUGAUCGAAUCGCUAAAAUCCUGAACCUCUGGGAGUUUUUUGGUUCUUCUCAUGACUAUAAUGCAGAAGUGAGCGAAGAUGAAACGGAAGCACUCGGAUUCGGAAACAUGACCGACGAAGUAGCAAUUGUGACGAAAGCUAAGGAAAAUAUUAUAUUCGCAAUGAGUGCCCUUAGUGAAGAACAAAGGAGAGCAAUGUCACAAGCGAAGCAUAACCUGAUCCAUAAGUGCUCAUUUAAUGGGAAACCAUGUGAUAUCGACAAAGAUUUCGCGAUAAUUUCCGACCCAACAUUCGGGAACUGCUUCACCUUCAAUCACAAUCGAUCAGAUUUCAAAAGCAGUUUGAGAGCUGGACCUAUGUAUGGCCUUCGUGUGAUGCUAUUCGUCAACGCUUCCGACUACUUGCCAACGUCCGAAGCUGUCGGCGUUCGGCUGACUAUUCAUGACAAGGACGAGUUUCCUUUUCCUGACACAUUCGGCUACAGUGCACCUACAGGUUAUAUUUCCUCGUUUGGAAUGAGAAUGAAAAAAAUGUCUCGUCUUCCGGCACCAUAUGGCGAUUGUGUCGCACAAGGCGCAACAUCGAAUUACGUUUACAAAGGCUACACCUAUUCAACGGAGGGAUGCUAUCGGACUUGUUUCCAACAGCUAAUCAUUGAUCGAUGCGGAUGUGGUGAUCCUAGAUUCCCAUCCAUAGGUGAACAUCAGCAUUGUCAAGUUUUCAACAAGCAACACAGGGCAUGCCUUGAACAGAGCACUCAUGAACUUGGAGAUAUCCACGGUUCAUUCAAAUGCAGAUGUCAACAACCAUGCAAUCAGACGAUCUACACGAUGUCCUACUCAGAAGCGAUCUGGCCAAGUCAAUCGCUAAAUAUUACGCUUGGUACCUGCGAAGAAGAACCGGAGAUUUGCAACGAACAAUAUCAAGAAAAUGCCGCCAUGCUCGAAGUUUUCUAUGAAGCACUGAACUUUGAAACACUCACAGAAUCGGAAGCUUACGGGGUUGUCAAAAUGCUUGCCGAUUUCGGUGGACAGCUCGGACUUUGGUCAGGUGUGUCAUUCAUGACCUGCUGUGAAUUUGUCUGUCUUGGAUGUGAAAUACUGUACAUGAUUAUAAUGCAUCACUGGAAGAAGUACAAACUGAAGAAGCACGAAGAGUCUAACGAAUUCUGA